AUGCAGUCGUCCUCCGGUACUGUGAGCUGCGAGCCCGAGGAACCAUUCUUCUAUUACAAACCUGAAGAGUCUUCCAAAGGAGAUGUUGCUGUUGAAGUCGACCCAACGGCAAUUGUAGAAGGCCAUGCUAUAGAGUCGGAAGUUGUAAAGUACACCAUCGUGGCUAAACGUUCCGUCUCCAGCACUGAACUCCUUCAAGAGCAAUCAGAGUAUCCGCCUUCAUCUCCAAAUUUCAUGCCACCGCCAUCGAACAGGACGUUAUUUCUCAAUUGUUCCAGUGAAAAAGUGGACUGCUUCAAAGUGAGAUGUUUUGCUGGUCCAUUUACACCCGUGAAAUCUCGGGCCCUAAUUAAUUUUAAACUGAAGCCUACUCUUGAGACUUUGGAACCCUCCCUCGAGAAGAGAGAUAUAAUUCUGUUUACAUCCCGCGGGAAAGUAAGCAUCGUAAAUCCGUCAGGUCCUGUACAACCUGAGGAACACGAGCCGGAUGGUGUAUCUGUGAACACAGUGUUUCACGGAAAAAUCCCGGAAGGCAGUGUAGCUACGUGGAUCAUAGUGCUGGCCGUCAUCUGUGGGUUUCUGGUAUUGCUCCUCAUUGCUACGGCUCUCCAUAAGAUUGGAUUCUUCAAGAGGGAGAAGAAAGAAGAGUUACAGGCAUUGAAAGAGGGUGAAGAAGAAGUAGGAGUUGAAGACGGGGGCGACUGAAGUUCCACAGCAGCUUCGUCAUGUCUUCUUGUGAGCAUUAUGUUCAGUUCCACAAGAUGGAGGCUCUAGCCCUUGUUGGCUGGUUCUUAUAAACGCAACGGAAUGAAGACCUUGCUAUAUUUCUAUUAAUCACAUGGCAUUAACUCGCGCUUCUUUUGAAGUACUGUCCUAAAAUAAGCCACGAUUACUUCAUUUCACACAAUUUAUCAUUCAUCUUGAUCCUAAUUUUCGGCACCAUUUGACCUGUACAGCUCAAAAAGCGCCGUUAAGUUAUCUCAGAAUCAUAGAACUUUUCCCCGAAUGUUGUCAUUUUCAUGACAUGCAGCUUUAACUACAGACGUUUCGAAUAAGCCCACGUAAUGACAGUGUUACCCAAGCACAGAAUUUUCCUCCAAUUAUGAGAUUUUCAGCCUCUCAGUCUAUCUUUUAUCUUUGCUGCUUGCAAACUAAAUCAAAAUGGAACUUAAAAUUGUGAACAAUAUAAUUCUCAACUGCUACUUCAGUGUUCUGCUAUAUCGUAUAAUUUAUUUGUAUUAGAAUUCAUGCGCGCAUUUGAAAAUGUAAUGUAAAUUUUCACCCAUUUAUUCAUUCAUUUGAAUUAACGCUGAUAAUCUCAUAUUUAUUCAUCAAUUCUUCCAUUUAAUCCAUCCAUACAUUUUCAUAUAUCCAUUAAUCUAACCUGUGAUUAACGUAUCAAAUACAUCUGUGUGUGCUGUGCCCAGAUAUUUAUAAACUUGUACUUGAGUUUCAUCUAGUCAUAUUUUUGUACCAUAUAAUUAUUUUGAUGCUGACGUUUAUCAUAGCGAAUGAUUUCCCUGAGAAAUGCUACGGGCAUGUCACCAGGCAAGGCUAACAGUAGAACGGCCGUCUCGCUGCGUGAGUAACCUACAGAAUGCGCCCGGGCUUCAGUAACUACACCCUGAUCUCUCUGGCGAAGCGCUGUCAGUAGCCACAUUACCGCCAGGAAAGCAGAGAGAACGCCGGAGCAAACACACAGUCCUCAGAAAUAAAAGUGUUAAGCUCAGAUGAGAGAUGCACAAUAAUGAACAAGAUUAUAAAUGGUUAUAUCCUAAGAGGAGCAGGAAACAAGAACGGAUUAGAACUCCGUGGUUGAAACAUCUGCAACGGAUGAACGAAACAAAAAUAUCGAAACAAGCCUUCAAUUAUACACGAAAACGAAGACAAAAUGGUCGCCCCAAAAAAGAGGCGGAUAGCGGAAGACAGAACAGAAAGUGUUUUUUUUUGUCUCGACGUGAAGAUGAUUGUAAUGAUGAUAAUGAUUUUACUACAUUGAUUUGAGAAUUAUUUUUCCAAUAUUGGAACCAAAUAAAGAAUAUCUUAUUAUA